ACACACAGACUUCACAGAAAGUUAGGAGGGCUGGCGAGCAGCGGGGAUACCUACGGGCAGGAAGUGACGGGGCCGCGUUCAUUUCAGAAGGAGGACAGAAAAGCUGGAAGAAGGUAUCAACACAAAGCAGAACGCGGAGCAACGUGGGAGCGUGUUUUGUCGGGGUGGGAGGGAACCACUGCGCAUGAUCCCGACAACACCGGAGCGAGAGGCUUUUUCUUUUCUUUUUUUUCUCUCUCAAUGGAAGGAGGUUACCAGCCGCAGUGAGGAGCCGAGAUUUCCCUCAGCGGCUCCGAUAUCCAUGACUGCGCUUCACACUUCUGGAAAGCAUCGGCAGCAUAUGGAGCAGUGACCCAUGCGCCCCGCAGCCUCCCCGCCAGCUUUGGGCAUGAGGGACAAAACUUAACGCGAGAAGGAGGAGGAGGAGGAGGAGGAGGAGGAGGUGAGGAGAAAAGUGCUGGAGAAAGUUGGAGGAUAUGAACUCAGGUCUCCGGGUCUCGCCGCGGUUAUUUGCUCUGUCGGGGGUCGCUUUUGCGUCUUCGGGGAUGUUUGCGGGUUGCACCGCCGCGGCUUCGGUUCGGACGCUGGCCCGCCUCUGCGCCCUGGUGCUGGUGGUCGCCGCGGGGCUCGGCUCCGAGCUUCGGGUCCGGGUCCGGCUCUCGGACGGGCUGGUGACCGAGGAGCUUCUGGAGGCGGACACCGAGAGGGACUCGAUCUCGCUGGAGUUUAAGCAAGGAGACGGGACCCUCAUCACCUUUCUGGCAGACUUUAAGCAGGAAGUGAAGAUAUUCCGGGCGUUGAUCCUGGGCGAGCUUGAGAGGGGGCAGAACCAGUACCAGGCGCUGUGCUUCGUCUCUCGCCUCAACCGCAAUGAGAUCAUCCCCAGCGAGUCCAUGGCCCGGCUCAGACAGAAAAACCCUCACGUCAUUCGGCUGGCGGAGGAGCGGAAAGGGCUGGAGCAGCUGACGAUGAGCGCGGCGGUGAAUCUGAGCCGGGCCUGGCAGCUCAGCUCCCACAUCCGCAACAUGUGCAGCGAAGCUCAUGAGGCCAUUUACACGAGGGAGGCGGACAUGAAACACUGGCUGGAGAAAGGAGUAGACGGCUCAAUGUUCGAGGUCCUGCCGCGGACGACGGAGGCGCCCGGCUUUCAGGCCUGUCACUCUACUAAAGACUUGUGGCAGCCGUGUCUCUGCACGUACGGCCUGCGUCUGGAGUGGUACCCGUGUCUGCUCAAGUACUGCCGCAGCCGGGACGGCGCGGCCAAGGGCGCCACCUACAAGUGCGGCAUCAGGAGCUGCAGCAAGGGCUACCAUUUCACCUACUACGUUCCCCAGAAGCAGCUGUGUCUGUGGGACGAGGAGACUUAGGUUGUUGUUGGUUUUUCUUCCACUGGGAGGUUAAAAAUUCGAGGAAAAAUAACAGUUCCCGAGUCAAGCCGGUGCUUUUCCAGCGGUUCUCUAAAGGGCAAUACUUAGGUCUUGGUCAGCGAGAUGGUGAAUUAACCUUUUUAUAUAUAUUAAAAAAAAGAGAUAUAUUCGGGUUCCAAGUGACCCACCACGAAAGGAAGGACAAAUAAAUGACACAUUACUGUUAUGAUCAAUACUUUGCCAAAAGCUACCACGCCUGUGCCUCUUUUGGAAGAAUUAUUGGAGGAGGGUUGGGGGGGGGACACAAAACAACAACAGUGACCUCUGAAACAAGCUACGAUGUGCACAAAGCUAAACGCUGCAUUGUAGAGAAUGAAACACCAGAAGAAGAACAACUCGUCCCAACACCUUUUAUCGCAAUGGAGGGAGAUAAAAAAAACUUUGUCUUCCCUUUUUGGUGAGGGCCAAUAAGGAUGGUGGAUUUUUCUACGCUCUACAGCUCUGUGAACGUAUAUGGCCAGUUCAAGCACCAGUUUACGUCAGAACAAACAGGUUCACAAAGAAAACGUCUCGCCAACAGGGGCCUUGUGUUUGCUUAGGCUGCAAAACAAAAUCACCGAGGGCUGCUCUACGAUCUUCCCAUGCUGCUCUCGACGAUUUAUUUCUUACACUUCUAACCCACGGGUCCUUUAGAAAAAGUAUUGUUCUAAGACAUUUAUAACUCCUGGGAUAUUGUUUAUGCAGGUGUGAUGUUUUUUUUGUUUGUUUUUUUUCCCCCAGUCAUGUCUUUGCCAUACAGCUUUUCUUCCCACCCCAUUUUUACCUUUAAGGAGCAGCUCUUGCCCAUUCCUGUUCUGACGCUGUUAGAAAAAGUGCCAAAUAAGCCAGAUUUAGCAGAAAUACAACUUUUUAAGGGCCUAUGGUUUUCUUCUUUAGAAACAAAAAACCCUCAGCAUGUUUCAAGUUUUUUUUGUAAUGUUUACUGCCAUCUUCUGGUAGAUUUAAGCUGUAGGCUCCACUGCCUUAAAUCGUUUUGUUUUUUUUCUUGUUUGUGUUUUUGUUAUAAUCACUUAAAUAUUUAAUUUAUACAUUUUAAAAUCUUUGGUCGUUACAUGCAGUUCAAGAAGACGUUCUUGAAUGAAUGGGACCAACUUAAGCUAUGUCUGUCUGAUGUGUUGAAGUAAAUGUCUUGGAUUGUCUUACCUCCAUCACGGUCUUUCACCAUAUAAGCAGAAAGUUUUUACCCGUCUUGUUGCCGUUUCCUGCGAACUAAAGAACCAAAUAAGUGAAACAUUCGUCACUUUGGCCUUUCUGUGAUAAUCAAGUGCCUUAACGUUUCCACUGAUGUUUUUUUUUUGUUUUUGUUUUUGUAAUUGUAGAUAGCGUGGUUGAACAUAUUUUUCUAUAAGAGGUUUUUGAAUCGUUUGUAAAUAGUUGUCAUAAAAAGAAUAUGAAGCAAUUUAGGUAUUGUAUCUUGUAGAGCUGUUUUACAUAAAUUGUUUCAAUAAAGUCUUUUUUUGCACUCUGGAA